AUGAUAUGGAUCAUGCACGACUGCAGUGAUGAAGAUUGUAUCAAGAUACUAAAAAAUUGCCGAGAAGCAAUACCAAAAAAAACAGGGAAGAUUGUGGUUUUGCAGCCGGGCGGUUAUGGUCCAUUUGACAAGGUAGGCCUGAUGUUUGAUCUGGUGAUGCUCACCCACUUUUCAGGGAGAAAAGAGAGGACUGAGGUUGCAUGGAAGAAGAUACUAGAGGAAGGAGGCUUUCCAAGUUGCAAGAUCAUCAAAAUCCCAGCACUUCAGUACAUCAUUGAGGCCUUUCCACUGUGA